AUGGCUACAAUGAAACAAGUCAUUGGUCUUGCCAGCGCCGAGAUUGAGUGCAGAAUUGAAUCUGCUCCAAUUCCUGAGCCUAGCGAUAACCAAAUUCUCAUCAAGGUUGUUGUCUCUGGAUCCAACCCCAAGGAUUGGAAAGUGCCAGUAUGGGCAGCCGCGUACGACGGCCCAGACGAUGAAUCUUGGCAGGCCAGAGCGAAAAAAGGAAUAAACCACGGCGAUGAUAUUGCAGGAGUCGUCGAGAAAGUCGGCAAGAAUGUAAUCACAUUCAAGAAAGGGGAUCAUGUCGCAGCCUUGCACGAAGGACAACUUCCUGGUGGCUCGUUUGCCGAGUAUGCACUCGCACCCGAAAUUACUGCAUUCCAUAUUCCUCCGUCCAAAUCCUUCGAAGAGGCUGCAACAAUUCCCCUUGCCGCACUCACAGCGGCUGUAUCCCUGUUCCAUCACCUUCGUCUUCCAACCCCUUGGACCCCUGCUGUUGGACCUACCCCUGUCGUUAUUUAUGGCGCUAGCUCGGCCGUCGGCUCAUUUGCGAUCAAACUUGCUCGCGUCAGCAAUAUUCAUCCAAUAAUCGCCGUCGCAGGCAAGGGCACUCCUUACGUCGAAAGCUUGCUUGAUCGUAGCAGAGGGGAUAUCGUUUUCGACUACCGCGAGGGCGACGAGGAAGUAGUCGAAGGAAUCCGCGCACAUCUCAAGGCGGGCAGCUAUGGUGUCGUCAGACACGGCAUUGAUCCUGGCAUCGGAGAUUCGAGUAGGAAGGUAUUGACAGAGAUUGUUGCCCCAGAUGGGGCAAUCAAUAUUGUCUUGCCGAGUGACUGGGACACUGGGUCUGCGGUGAAAACUACAACCGUAGUUGGCAGCGUUCACAAUGGAGACAAUGGGGCCUACGGCGAUGCCCGUGAUUUAGGUCUUGUAACUUGCCGCUGGUUUACAAAAGCGUGGCAGGCAGACAUUUUCUCCGGGCACCCAUUCGAAGUAAGGCCGAACGGGUUGGAAGGGGUGCAGCAAGCUCUAAGAGACCUCAGGGACGGAAAGAAUAGUGCGACUAAAUAUGUCUUUCGCAUUGCAGACACACCUAGUAUUUAA